CUCAAGUGAUCAAAAUUGUCAAGUGUCCGGCAUGCAGGAGGGUUCCGUGCGCGGGAUACGUUUUAUGAGAAUGGAUUUCAUAUUUUUGGCAUUAUGUACUCUUUGCGUUGUUGCGAUUUUUUCAAUUCUGUCGAUGAUCUACCAUCAAUAUAUUAUUCGACAAAAGUUAAAAAAUAUUCCCGAAGUCAAGGAAUAUCCUUUUAUUGGUCUUGCAUUUGAGUUUAUGAAGUUAUCAGAUUAUGAUCGCGUAAAAAAGUUUUUAUUGUUUAUGGAGGAGUUUAAAGAAGGAAUAUUCAUGUACCAGAUUGGAACCAAACCUUUUAUAGCCAUAUUUAAGCCAGAAUACUUGGAGCAUAUUUUCCCUAGCACCGUAAAUAUCACAAAAUCAGAUAUCUAUAAUAUGCUGAAACCUUGGUUGGGCAACGGACUUUUGACAUCUACAGGUAAACAAUGGUUCCACGAUAGAAAACUCAUUGGACCGACGUUCCAUUUUAGUAUAUUAGAUCAAUUUGCUGUGGUUGUGUUUGAAAAAGCAGAGAUUCUGACAAAGUGUCUCCAAAAAGAAAUAAAAAAGGAUCCAGGAAAAGCCAUUAAUAUUUUUCCUUAUAUUAUCAAUGCUGCUCUCGAUAUUAUUUGCGAAACAGCAAUGGGUGUGGAUGUACAUGCUCAAGAAGUUGCAACCAAAUAUACAUCAACAGUACACCUAACUUCUUCGUUAAUAAUGAAACGAAUGCUUCGACCGUGGCUUUGGAUUGAAUGGUUGUUCUACUCAUUACCUUCAGGGAAACAGUUUAAAUCAGCGCUUGAUAUAUUGCAUGGAUUUACAAAAGAGGUGAUAAGUAAGAGAAAAAUUGAACGACAAUCACAAAGCGGAUAUACGGAACUCGAAAAUGAAGACAAUGAAUUAAACAUAGGUAAGCGUAAGAGACAAGCGUUCUUGGAUCUAUUACUUGAUCAGAAUGCGAAAGCUGACACCCCUUUGAGCGAUGAUGAGUUGAGAGCGCAAGUUGACACGUUCAUGUUUGAGGGGCAUGAUACAACUGCAGUUGCGAUAACUUGGACGCUCUUUCUUUUGGGCAAUAAUUUAGAGCAUCAGGCAAAAGUUCACGAAGAACUCGAGGAGGUUUUCGGAGAUUCAGAAACACCAGCCAGUGGAAAGGAACUGUCGAAAUUAAAGUAUCUCGACAGAGUCAUAAAAGAGACACUCCGAAUAUUUCCGAGCGUACCUAUAAUCUCAAGGGAACUAACGGAAGAUGUGAAAAUAGAUAAUUAUAUACUUCCGAAAGGUGUCAUGGUCUCAUUGUCAAUCUUAUUAACACAUCGAAAUCCGGCAGUUUGGCUGGACCCAUUGAAAUUCGACCCAGAUCGCUUUCUUCCAGAGAACUCGAAGAACAGAAAUCCGUACGCCUAUGUUCCGUUCAGCGCUGGACCAAGAAACUGUAUAGGUCAGAAAUUCGCUCAACUCGAAGAGAAAAUCGUGUUGACUGCUAUCCUCAGGAAAUGGAGAGUGAAAAGUGUGAAAACAGUCGACACGAUUAAGUUCGGCGGCUCUCUCAUUUUACGACCAAGUGAAGAUGUAUUAAUACAUUUCACGCCGAAGAAAUGAACAAUUUGUUAUCAAAUAAAAUAGUUGGCCCAAAAAUCGUACCAGAGUACCAGUAAUCGCCAAGUUCACGUAUUACAAACGUAUUUCAGUGCUUUCUGUCGAUCUUGCGAAUAUUUUUAUUGGUUCCAAGGAAGUGUUUACAAUGUUGUGUUACAUUAUGAAACUCGUAAAUAUAUGAAUUCACUAUUGAUUAAAUUGAAUAUGUGCAGCAACCGAGCCUAUACGUGAUUUCAAUCAAAUGCUUCAUUGUAAGGUUAAAAGACACUGUUUGACAUCUCGUGUAAUUUUAGAGCAUUGGCAACUUGCAUGAGGUACAUUGAGUUUCGAGUUAUAAAUCGCAGUUUUACGUACACCAUCACAAAUUAUUGUUUCAUACAAAUUUCGUAGAUUUUUUUUACGUCAUAAGCACUGGUUUCUCGAAGCACGUAGUCGUUCGAGUAAUUGCCAUAUCUAUCGAUUACUGGGAUUAGGUGAGCCGAAAAAAAUUCUUGUAAAUUGAAUAAUAAUGUGUCCAAACUUCAAAUAAAAAAUUAGAUCUGUAAUUGUUAUCUAGAUAUUCUACAUACCAGUAAUCAUAGGCAUAGUCGAGUUAAGUAGAUACGCAAGCAAAUAAAGAAUGUCGAUAACUGGUACAUCUAGAACAGAAAUCCGCACUACUCAAAUAAAAAUUAAUUUUACAAAUGGCGAAUUUGUCAUAAGAGAUCGAUGUUAACGUACCUUCAAAAAAAGCGAGAAAAAGAAAAAGCGAAAGUGACUCCAUGAUGGUAUAACAGUUUCUCUCAAAAACAAGCGCAACAAGCAUUUUUAUAAUCAAAACACCAUAUAUUACUAUCAUAUAUUGACAAAUUAAUUACUAUCCAUAAUAUAUGAAUUGUGAAUGCGAAUAAUGCAAGAAAAGGAAAAACAAAACAUUUACGUAAUGUUAAAGAUUAUGCGCUUUGCGGGUUUUCUUCGUGUCCAGAUCCAUUCUUGGAAUGCCAACGUUUCGUAAAUCUUGCAGUCCACUUUAUCAGGGCAAGGAGCAGCUUAAUACUCCUAGGUAUCAGGCUGCUCCUCGCCAUGAUUACGUUACAAUAUUUUUCCAAAUACGUUGGAAAUACUGAGGAACUCAAUGUUCGAGCUCGAAUGCAGUUUCGUUAUCCAAUCGUUGCAUGAAUAUCAUGGCGGCAGUAUAGAUAGAGAAGGGAUAAAGAUAUCGCGAUUA